AUGCUCUUACUACAGUAUAAUGCUGAUCCAUCUAUACCAAACGAUGAUAACAAGCUGCCGCUCGAUUUUGCUACCUUCGAUCUUUUGGAUGACGAGGGAGUCUGUCACGCUCUAUACGAUAAAGGGGCCAAAACCACCGACUUUCCUACUUUCACCAGCGUAUGCGCAUAUCAGAGCAUCCUAUGCAUCAAGAAGCUUGUUGGCAACGCAACCAACAUAGCCGGUGCAUGGGACAGCUACGGCCAAGACCUCACAAUAUUACAUUCUGUAAUGAUGAGCUCCAGCUUUCAGCAUCCCAUAAGUCCAACAGCACCACCUCCAGGUUACCUGUCACCAUUAUUACAAGCGCUCGAUGAUGCACAGAAUGAGUUUCGCCCCCAGUCGCUUCAAAUUGCGAGGGUUUUACUCGAGUAUGAUAGAACACUGCUGGACGAUGAAUGCAAAGCAUGGAUCGAAGAGAGACGCUCGUGGCAGAUGCCAGCCGAGUACCAUGAGGACUUCAAAGCGAUUGCAUGGAUUGCGGAGAUUUCGCAGGAGCAAGCGACUAACCCGUCUCAUUCAGGAGGCUAA